GGAUCGCUACAGUCUGGAGGAAAGCAAAAUAAUAAUUUCAUUUCUGUGGUGAUUUGCGUAGCUCGUGGUACAAUGCCAGAAAGACUAACGGAAAUGCUUAUGGAUACAUGGACUCCAUUAAUAAUAUUAUGGAUUACUGUCCUUCCUUCCAUUUAUAUGGCUCCAAUGAAUCAAUCUCAAGUACUACCGAGUGGAUCCAGUACAGGACUAAAAAGGCUGAAUGAAGAACAAAGAGUUUUGCACCGUUCCAAGAGAGGCUGGGUUUGGAAUCAAAUGUUUGUACUGGAAGAAUUUUCUGGACCUGAACCAAUCCUGGUUGGCCGGUUGCACACAGACCUGGACCCUGGCAGCAGCAAAAUCAAGUAUAUCCUGUCGGGAGACGGAGCUGGCACCAUCUUUGUGAUCAACGACAAGACUGGGGACAUCCACGCCAUGAAGAGGCUGGACCGCGAGGAGAAGGCAGAGUACACGCUGACAGCCCAGGCGGUGGACAGGGACACCAACCAGCCCCUGGAACCUCCCUCAGAGUUCAUCAUUAAGGUGCAGGACAUCAAUGACAACCCCCCCGAGUUUGUGGAGGGUCCCUACCACGCCACGGUGCCCGAGAUGUCGGUUGUAGGCACCUUUGUGACUAAAGUGACAGCUACAGACGCGGAUGAUCCGGUGUAUGGGAACAGUGCCAAGCUGGUGUACAGCAUCCUGGAGGGACAGCCCUACUUCUCCAUUGAGCCACACACAGCUAUAAUUAAAACAGCUCUUCCCAACAUGGACAGAGAAGCCAAAGAAGAAUACUUUGUGGUCAUCCAGGCAAAGGACAUGGGAGGACACAUGGGUGGACUCUCUGGGACUACAACAGUGACAAUUACACUCACRGAUGUGAAUGACAAUCCUCCUAAGUUUGCACAGAGUCUGUAUCACUUCUCAGUAAUGGAAGAUGUUGCUCUUGGUGAACCAAUAGGAAGGGUGAAAGCAAAUGACCUGGAUAUUGGAGAAAAUGCUAAAUCAUCCUAUGAUAUUAUUGAAGGAGAUGGAGUGGAUAUAUUUGAAAUUACCACAGAUGCCCAAACUCAGGACGGCAUUAUUAGAGUGAGAAAGCCACUGGACUUUGAGACCAAAAAGUCCUACACGCUGAAGGUGGAAGCAGCCAACAUUCACAUCGACCCUCGCUUCCUCAGCGGGGGCCCCUUCAAGGACACUGCCACUGUGAAAAUCGUGGUGGAGGAUGCUGACGAGCCACCAGUCUUCUCCUCACCCACCUACCUUCUGGARGUGCAUGAAAAUGCUGCUCUCAACUCUGUGCUGGGGCAGGUGACAGCCCACGACCCCGACGUGUCUUCCAGCCCUAUAAGGUUUUCCAUUGAUCGGCACACUGACCUUGAGAGGCAGUUCAACAUCAACGCAGAGGAUGGGAAAAUAACUCUGGCAACACCCCUGGACAGAGAAACCAGCACRUGGCACAACAUCACCAUCGUAGCCACCGAAACCAGGAACCACAGCCAAGUGUCCCGGGUACCUGUUGCUAUCAAAGUCCUGGAUGUGAACGACAAUGCCCCCGAGUUUGCGUCGGAGCACGAGGCCUUUCUGUGUGAGAAUGGGAAGCCUGGACAGGUAAUUCAGAUUGUCAGUGCCAUUGACAAAGAUGAUCCUAAAAACGGGCAUUAUUUCCUGUACAGCCUUCUUCCUGAAAUGGUCAACAAUCCCAAUUUCACCAUCAAGAAAAAUGAAGAUAACACCCUGAGCAUCCUGGCCAAGCACGGUGGCUUCAGCCGGCAGAAGCAGGAGCUGUACCUGCUGCCCAUCAUCAUCAGCGACAGCGGCACGCCGCCCCUGAGCAGCACCAGCACGCUGACCAUCCGCGUGUGCGGCUGCAGCAGCGACGGCACCGUCCAGUCCUGCAACGUGGAAGCCUACGUGCUGCCUAUCGGCCUCAGCAUGGGCGCCCUCAUCGCCAUCCUGGCCUGCAUCAUCCUGCUCCUGGUCAUCGUGGUGCUGUUUGUAACGCUAAGGAGACACAAGAACGAGCCUCUGAUCAUCAAAGAUGACGAAGAUGUGAGGGAAAACAUYAUCCGCUACGACGAUGAGGGAGGAGGAGAGGAAGACACGGAAGCGUUUGACAUCGCGACCCUGCAAAACCCCGAUGGAAUUAAUGGAUUUUUGCCCCGUAAGGAUAUUAAGCCUGAUCUUCAAUUUAUGCCCAGGCAGGGUCUUGCCCCUGUUCCUAACGGUGUUGAUGUUGAUGAAUUUAUCAAUGUAAGGCUUCAUGAAGCUGAUAAUGACCCCACAGCUCCGCCAUAUGACUCCAUCCAGAUUUAUGGCUAUGAAGGAAAGGGGUCAGCGGCUGGUUCCCUUAGUUCCUUGGAGUCCUCCACAUCAGACUCAGAUCAGAAUUUUGACUACCUCAGUGAAUGGGGUCCUCGCUUUAAAAGACUCGGAGAACUUUACUCAGUUGGAGAAAGUGACAAAGAAACUUGACAGUGGAUUACAAACUUCUCCCCUGUUGACUUAAUGAUCAUGUAAUAUUCUAGGGCCACUGCUGUUAGUUAAAACUAAUGUGGCUUUUUGUUUUAGAGGCAAGUUUAGCGCCAGUCAUCUAUAAAAUCAACUACAUUGUAAUGUUGAACCAAAAAAAAAAAAGUAUAUGUUAGGAGGUUAAGUCUUGUGGAGUGUGAAGUAAAGUAUGUGGAGUGUCUAGAAGUCUUUGGAUAUUUGAUAUUCACUUGACCACUCUGAAGAUGGAGAUUCGGAUCUUUGAUUAUCUUCAGUGAGUUGAAAAGAACAAAAAAAGAAAUCGGUGCUCUCUUAGGAAAUGGACUUGCAGGGAUUUGCUGUUGAACAGUAGCUCCUGCCAGUACGUGUAAAGCUAAAGGUUUGUUUCUGCAUUGCCAACAAAGAUCCYGCCACAGAAAUGUUCAAAGCAAUAUCUUGGUCUUCUGAGCAAUGCUGAGCAGAAAUGGCAUUGCCAACCCCUGCUGGCUCCUACUGUGCAGUGACCAUCCGUUGUACAUACMGUAAUUGUUGGCCACGUAACCACAGACUGAAUAUCAUCUCUAAAUAUUGUGUCAAGCCUUAAAAUAUUCACAUGUUCUUAAUCCAUUCCAGUGAUGGGUAAUAAAUGCUACUAAUGUGUAGAGAUUCAGAGGCAGGGCUGCAAAGCCUUGCUUCACAGUAGGAUCUUUUUUUUUCUAGAAGAAGGAUCAAUC